CUUUACUGAAUACCACUGCAGCUUUAUACCAGCAAGUAAUACUUAUACCCGGUCCUCACUGAUACAAUACUAGUCUGUCGGAGACUCAUUCACGAUGUCGACUCACCUUGCGAUACUGCCACUUGACAUUAUUGACACAUUGACUGCGCGGCUAAAUCAAGAAAACCGCCAUCCCAGCUAUGCAACUCAGUUUCUAAGACUUCCGCACCCACGUACAGGUCUCGCUUCAUUGUUUCUUCAUGAUCAACAUGCACAGGGUGAUACCACAAAGACGAGUUCCAUAUUGGAGGUGCAAGCCAUAUCCCCGACAAAUGCGCGGACCUGGUUUAUAGGAGAGGAAGUCGUCGCUGAUGGAAAGCUCGUGGUGAUGACACCGAUGGACCCCAUGUUUUUGCUCAUGUAUCUUUUACGCGCUCCACAAACACGCGACGGCUCGAAAGGCAACUUCCGGCCUAUGCAGGAUAUUAUAGAAGAAGUCGCUGCGACGAUUGCUGAUGCUUCCAAGAAAGAUGCUCAGAAAGACCCGUCAUUAAAUGUCUCCGCAGACGACAUUAUUUCCUUUUUGUCUCUGGAUUUUGUCCAGUCCUCUAUAAAGCGUGUUUGCGACGUUAAGGUCAUAACGGAUGAGAUUACCGUAUACAGAUACUCUCAUGAUGUUGUGCUGGAAAAUCUUAAGAGAAAAGUGGGACGCUUAUCCGAACCCAGGGUCGCCGAGAUGUCUCGCACUCUGCUACUUGAAUCGGGACGAAUCAAGUUAGCCUGUGAAUUGCUAUCGCAAUAUCUCCCCAGGGACAUAUUGCAAGACUUGAUUGCAUCUUACGAUCUCUCCAAACUGGACGCCCAUGUGAAAACGAGAGCGAAGCCUGCAAAAUCCGUUGCAGCCGGCAAUAAAAAUCAGAAGAGGAAAAAAGACACCGAGGCUACUGCGAAUGCUGACGUUGACACAUCUGGCGAUGGAGAUAAGAAGAAAAAAGGCGCCAAAUCGUCACAUGGUGUAGAGAAGCUAAAGAAGGCCAAUGUAGCAGGGAUGUCGAAAUUGUCCACAUUUUUCACGAAGAAAGCUGCAUAA